AUGGGAGAACUGCUUUCGGCGCGCGUCACGGUGGCGCGUCCAUUUUCCAAGGUCGGCGUGGAUUACUUCGGACCGGUCUACAUUCGCCCCGGUCCGCGUAGAGUAGCCAUCAAAGCAUACGUAGCCGUAUUCGUGUGCAUGGGCACGAAAGCGGCGCAUCUGGAACUGGUAACGGACCUUUCUACCGACCGCUUCAUCCAGGCCCUGCGAAGGUUCAUCGGGAGAAGAGGCCUGCCAGCAGAAAUCUUCUCAGACAACGGGACCAACUUCGUUGGCGCUCGUAAUCAACUUCAAAACCUGUUUGAACUGCUUCGCAGCAAGGAUCACAGCGAGAAGGUUUCCAAGGAGUGCGCUGAUCAAGGGAUUCAGUGGCAUUUCAACCCACCGGGCGCUCCCCAUUUCGGAGGACUUUGGGAGGCCGCGGUACGAUCGGCCAAAACCCAUCUCCUGAAGGUUCUCGGCGACAACCCGGUGUCCUACGAGGACAUGGACACGUUGCUGGUACAAGUGGAAGCGUGCCUCAACUCCAGGCCGCUGACGCAGAUGUCGGACGAUCCGAACGAUCUGGAGCCGCUCACACCAGGGUACUUCCUGAUCGGCUCAUCAUUGUACGAGCUUCCGGACCUGGACAUCACCGCCGUGCCGAUGAACCGCCUGAACCAAUGGCAGACGACGUAG